GGAAUGUUUAAGUAAAAAUGCGUACAUAGGCAAGAAUGAUUGCAAUUGAUAACAUUAUAAUUGUACGUAAUAUAAUUAGUCUACUUGCAUUAUUAUUCAAGAUCUUGUGUCUUGCUUGAUAACCUUACAUAAUUUAUACUAAAUAUGAGCCAAUUGUCGAAACACGUUCUCUGCAUACAGAACAUUUGUAUAUGCUCUUAGAGAUUAUGCGAUUGGUUCUACUUCAAUUGAAAGUUGGUGAAGAUAAAUCGUCGAACAUACAUAAUGCUGUUGACAAAAUUGCUCAAGCUGUACAUGAAUAUAAACCUCGCAUGGUAACUUUGCCUGAAUGUUUUAAUUGUCCUUAUGGUACCAAAUACUUCAGGAAAUACUCUGAAACAAUACCAGAUGGUUACACUUCACAGCAGCUUUCUGCCUCCGCAAAGGCUCAUGGUAUUUAUAUUAUUGGAGGAACGAUACCAGAGCUAGGUGAAAAUGAUCGCAUUUACAAUACUUGCACUAUUUGGGACCCUACUGGAAAAUUGAUUGCGAAAUAUCGUAAAAUGCAUCUUUUUGAUAUUGAUAUUGAAGGAGGAAUUCGCUUCAAAGAGUCGGAAACCUUAACUGCGGGUACCGAUUUUACUGUGGUAGAUGUAGACGGUCAUAAAAUUGGUGUUGGUAUCUGCUAUGAUAUACGUUUUGAAGAGUUGGCCCGAGUAUACCGGAACGAAGGUUGUGAGAUGAUAAUCUACCCCGGUGCAUUUAAUAUGACUACAGGUCCUUUACAUUGGGAGCUUUUGCAACGUUCGCGAGCCAACGACAAUCAAUUGUAUGUUGUAACGACAUCGCCUGCUCGUGAUGAAAAUGCUGAAUAUGUGGCUUGGGGUCACUCAACUGUAGUUAAUCCGUGGGGUCAAAUUUUAAAAAAAGCUUCUCAAAACGAAGAUUUAAUUUCAGUAGAUAUUGAUUUUUCAAUCGUAGAACAAGUUCGUGCACAAAUUCCAACUUUCAAACAACGCCGCUUGGACAUGUAUGUAACAACACGUUUAAAAUAAAAUGUAUGUAGGUGGUUUUGCUAUUGUUUCUGAAUAAUAAUAAAUUUUCCCAAUUGUGAAAUUA